GCUGCUCGGUGCAAGGAGGUUGGGGAGAAGGAGGAGGGGAGAAGGAGGAGGGGAGGAGGAGGGGGGGGAUCCGGCCGCGCCGAGCCGAGCCCGGGCUCGGCGGCUCCCAGCAGCUCGCCGCCGGGACGCCCCCUCCUCGUCCCCGCCGGAGCUCGGCAGCCCCGCUGCGGGCUGGGGUGUUGCUGCUGUCCAGCCCAGCAAGCGAUUUUGGAGGCCUUCUCAGGCAGCUCACCACUUCCAAAAGCUCUUGUAGCAUCAAAGGCAAAGGAGGCAGCUAUCCCUCUGCAUCUGGAAAUGCCUUUCUCGUGAGUGCGCGAGGAACCUACACAACUGUAAUGCCUAACCCUACAUGGAGUAACAACCCUGUGAAGGUUAAUCCACUGUAAUUGGCUGUGAAAUAAACCCAGGGGGAUUUUCCUGUCUGUAUGUGAUGCACAGCCUCUUUGCCGUCUACUUGGCAACUGUACCUCCAGGCUGUGCCCAACUCUGCAAAACUAAAGCAAACGACUGAAGCACCUCCUGCAAGGGAUCAGCCUCGGUUCAGAAAUGCUGUGGUAGUUAAAUGGCAGGAUAGGACUGAGGCAAAACAUCUGAUGAGCUUAGCCAGGAAUACAUCGGGAGUUUUAACCAGUUUGGAAGUGCCCUGGCAUUCCCGGCGUGGUAUGGCUGCGUUUAUUUGGGUGUGGAUGUUUCUGUGAUACAGUUCCUGCUGGGUCUGAAAUGCUGGUGUCAGUAAAGCCAGAAGGAGAAGCCAGACAAAAGCUUGGAUAGAAGUCAGAAUCUCAGUGCCUCUUGCUGGUGGUUGAUGGGAAAGUAAUGAUUUUGUGUUUAACUUUGGGGUUUUCAUAAAGCACAUGCUUUGUCCUCUGAAUUUCUGUUAGUAAAUAUCCAUUUGACAGCCUACAAAACAUCCCCAAUGAGUGAUUUUUGUGCCUGGGUUUCAUUCUUGCGGGUCGGUUCUUGCUUUAGGCUCUGGGCAGCCUAACAAAGGGGGUGUUUAACCGCAAAGCCUUGAGUUUUGGUGUCAGCCUAACGUCUUGUCCUCCUGAAUUCGUGGAGCAGGGGGCACGCUCCCAUCCUCCAGCUCUGCCAGGGCACCACCUCGGUCUGCUCGGCUCCUUUGCGUCGUGCGGAGCUCAGCAGGGACUUCUGCACGCAGCCCGGAAUGUGUUUAUACGAUAUUUUAGCUAUUAUUUUAGGCUCCUGCCUGCUCAAACGCAGGCAAAUGAUUAACCUCUCGUUCCCCAUCGCUAGAGGAUUUGGGAAACCGCUUUAGCAGGCGGCAGGUCGGCUGGAUCGAAACCAAUUCCUGCCGCCCUGCUGGGGAAGCCAUCCGGAAUCACUUUCUCACGUGUGGCUAACAAGGUGGAGAGGGCUUCCCAGGCCAGGAGCGCUUAGUGGCAGCCCUGAGCUGUAAACCACCGGGGCCAGGCAGUAACCGAGCUGUGCACAGUUCCUAGGUGGGAGAGACACGGUGAGGCUCUGUGCGGGGCAAGGAGCGCUGAUGAGGGAGCCUUGCAUGUGAACCAGGAUGGACUGGCUGUGACGGCGUGCCUUAGCUGGAGAGGUGGUUACGAUGAAGAGUUCCUGCAGAGCUGGCCUCCACAGGGAACCGCUGAAUUCCUCCUCUUCCACCUUCCAUCAAGUCAAACGGGUUUCUGGUAUGCACUUAAAGCCAUAUCUCAAGUUACAGAAGAAAGAGCGAUCUCCAGAAAUAAGCCAGGAUUCCCUGCGAGGCCCACCUGGGAGCCGCCAGAGAGCAGCACCCGAAGAAAAAUACAGCAACGACCGCACCUUCCCCAAACCCUCCCUCCUGGCUCCCUCGAGAAAGCUCCUGGGGGUUUUGUAUCCCAAUAACAUGUGCAAUAUGAGCGGGAAGUGUCCGGCGGACGGCCCGAGCGCCAGGGAGAAGAAAAACGCCACCAUCCACCAGGGGGAAGAAGGGGAAGGGCCUCUGGACGUCUGGGCCGUGGUGAAGCCCGGCAACACCAAGGAGAAGAUCGCCUUCUUCGCCGCCCAGCAGUGCAGCGGCAGCAACCGCCUGGGCUCCAUGAAGAUCAAGAGCACCUGGGACAUCGACGGGAGGACGGCCAAACGCCGGAAAAAAUCCUUGGAUCUGAAAAAAGCCAAGAUCCAGCUGGAGCGCGUGCGGGAGGCCGGCGCCCGGUGCGCUCCGCCGGAGCCCUUCGCCUGCGGCAUCGAGCACUGCUCCGUGCACAACGACGGUGCUGAGGGAGCCUUCCCGGGCCGCUCGCUGUCGGUCAUCGAGAUGGUCGCCUUCCUGGAGCAACGAGCCAGUGCUCUGCUGGUGGACUGCGCGAAAACCUGCGCCCCGGCACCCUCUGUGAGGCCCAAGGGAGCGCUGCCCGGCUCGGACGCUUUCCCCUCCGCCGGGGGGUGCGAGGUGCACGAGAGGGGGGUUUGUGGUGAGCAGCAGCAGCAGGGAGAGCCGGUGCGUGUGCUGGACAUGGUGGCCAGGCUGGAGUCGGAGUGCCUGAGGAGACAGAGCGAGCGGGAGGCCGGCGGGCUGUCCCGCAACAACAGCUUCCGCAGGAACGUGGGGAGGGUGCUCCUGGCCAGCGGCACGCAGCCCGGUGGCGAGGCAGGCAGAGCCGCCUCCUCCUCCUCCUCCUCCUCUUCUUCUGUCCUCGGGCAGGGCGAGGGGCUGGGAGGUGCUGGGGUGGCCGAGGCCGGGUGUGAGGCCGCGGAGCCGUUCCCUGCCGCGCUGGAGGCUCGUGUGGGGAGCGCGGGCUCGGGACUUGCUCAGGCGGUGUUGGCUUUGACGGCGAGCAGGAGCGAUGCCGACAGGCGGGGGGAGCUUCCCCAACCCCUGCCGGCCACCACCAGGGUGCCCGAGGAUGCCUCGCAGAGCAAGAGCAGUGAGUGUGCAUCGAAGGAGGCCGGGAUUGUCCCGAAGCAGAGCCCGCGGCCUGCCAGGAAGGAGCCCUUGUGCAUCAGCAUCUCGGUCACCAAGACCGAGAAGGGCUGCAGGAAGGAGAAGCUCUCUCGCUCUGCUGAAGAUCAGCUCCCAGGGAGGUUGUUCUUCCUCCAGCCCAGCCAGCCUGCCCCGCACGAGCAGCAGCCGCUGCGGGAAAGCCCCCGAGAAAAGGCAGGAGAAGCAUCCCGAAACGAGGACGAGGAUGCUUUAGGGUCUGACCGAGCAUACAUCAAAACCCACCUCUCCCCGGAGCCGCCUGCCCUCUCCGCUCCCCAACCUGAGGGCGCUUUGCAAGCACUCGAGGCCUCCUGCCUGAAGAGGCAGGUCUCGCAUGACUUUUUGGAGACCCGCUUUAAGAUCCAGCAGCUCCUGGAGCCCCAGCAGUACAUGGCCUUCCUGCCCCACCACAUCAUCGUCAAGAUCUUCGGCUUGCUGCCCACCCGCAGCCUGGUGGCCCUGAAAUGCACCUGCUACUACUUCAAGUUCCUCAUCGAGUACUACAACAUUCGGCCGGCCGACUCGCGCUGGGUCCGCGACCCCCGCUACAGGGAGGACCCCUGCAAGCAGUGCAAGAAGAAAUACGUCAAAGGGGACGUGUCCCUGUGCCGCUGGCACCCCAAACCCUACUGUCAGGCUUUGCCUUACGGCCCCGGCUACUGGAUGUGCUGCCACAGGUCUCAGAAGGGCAUCCCGGGCUGUAAGCUGGGGCUGCACGACAAUCACUGGGUUCCCGCCUGCCACAGCUUUAACCGGGCUCUCCACAAGAAGAGCAGAGGGGCCGGGGGCGAAGGGGAAGAGGAAUAUUAGUGCACAAACACUUUUCCUGUGAGAUUGUUUGGGGGAGGAGGAGAUUCUCAUGCCUUGUGCUGUUUACAGUGUACAUAAUUAUCAUGUUUUCUUUUUUUGUUUUUUUUGUUUUUUUUUUUUCACAGGGCUAUGAAACUGCACAUCCUUAAACACAAGAGCCUUUACCUGUUAGGUGAGAGAGAGCUUUUAGUCCAUCCCUGUAAAUAACGCUAUAAAAAAAAAAAACCCUAAUUGUACAUACCGAGUCUCCAGCUGGCUGAACAACGUCCUCACUACAAUGCAGCUCCCAUCGUGUUGCGGCUAUAGUUGUGUGUGUUUUUAAGUGUCUCCUUUCGAAAUCUGUAUAUCCUGUAUAAUAUAUGAAUGUUCCCAAGAGGAAACUCUAAAUAGGUAAAGGCCACCUUGUUUAAAGACCCUUCAAACAAUUUAACUGGACGACCUUACGAAUUAGCCUAGAGCAGAUCCCUUAUAGUAGCCUUGGCAGUGAAUAAAAAGAGAUGAAUAUUAUUGUAUAGUCAGAAUAUAAAAAGUUCUUGCCUACCUUACCCAUGUUGUCUGUUUUUUUUUGGUUUUCUUUUUUUUUUUGAUUUUUUUUUUUUUUUUACUUAAAUAAAA